AUGGAGAUGAAGGCGGCGAUUCUGGGAGCUCAGGAAACUGCUUCGGAUUUGAUCUCUUUCCUCAAUGCCGCGCCUACGCCGUUCCACGCAGUCGCCGAAGCUAAGCGAAGGCUAGAAGCCGCUGGGUUCACGCAAUUGUCCGAGAGGGAUUCCUGGGCGCUCUUGCCCGGCGGCACUUACUAUUUCACGAGGAAUUUCUCCACUAUCGUCGCAUUUGCUAUUGGCAAGAGGUUUUACCCUGGUUGUGGAUUUGCUAUCGUGGGAGCUCACACAGAUAGUCCGUGUCCAAAGCUCAAGCCACGCUCAAAGAUUGUCAAAGGAGGAUUUCUGGAACUGGGAGUCCAGACGUAUGGCAGUGGUUUAUGGCAUACCUGGUUCGAUCGGGACCUUACAGUCGCAGGGAGAGUUAUGGUCAGGCGUGGAAAUGGCUUCUCUCACGAGCUCGUUCACGUCAAGGAGCCAAUCCUUCGCAUACCAACGCUAGCUAUCCAUCUUGACAAGACUGUUUCUGAGGGGUUUAAGAUCAAUACCCAAACACAGCUCGUUCCAGUUUUAGCUUCCUGUAUAAAGGAUGAAUUGAGUAAGUCGCUCCCUGAUGAAAAUGGAGCCUUGGUGGCGGAGGACGCAAACAGCAAAGCCGAGGCACACCAUCAUUCUCUCCUUCUAAAGAUUCUUUCUUCGGAGCUAGGCUGCGAAAGCGAUGAUAUUUGUGACUUUGAGCUGCAAGUCUGUGACACCCAGCCCAGCUCCAUUGGUGGCGCUCUCAAGGAGUUUGUUUUCUCUGGCAGGCUCGAUAAUCUUUGCAUGUCCUUUUGCUCGUUGAAGGCCCUUAUCGACUCGACCUCCGAAGCUUCCCUGGAGAACGAGACCGUCGUGCGAAUGGUUGCUCUGUUCGACCACGAGGAAGUCGGAUCCAACUCCGCACAAGGCGCCGGCUCUCCGGUGAUGCUGGAUGCGCUCAAGCGGAUCACAAUCUCCAUGGGAGAGGAAAGCUCCCAGAACGUAGAGAAAGCAAUCCAGCAAAGUUUGCUAGUGUCCGCUGAUAUGGCACACUGCUUACAUCCAAACUAUAUGGAUAAACACGAGGAGAAUCACCAGCCAAAGAUGCACAAAGGCCUCGUCGUGAAAUACAAUGCGAACCAGCGAUACGCCACAAACGCAGUCACGUCAUUUAUUUUCAAGGAGAUUGCGAGACGACAGGACCUUCCAACACAGGAUUUCGUCGUCCGAAACGAUAUGGCUUGCGGAUCAACGAUCGGGCCAAUCUUAGCUAGCGGUGUUGGUAUCCGGACGGUCGACGUUGGCGCUCCCCAGCUCUCCAUGCACAGCAUCCGCGAGAUGUGUGGAGUUGACGACGUUGGUUACUCGUACCGCCACUUCAAGCUCUUCUUCGAGGACUUCUCAGCACUGGACCAGCAUGUAAACGUCGAUUAGUAGUCUCCACACUCGACUUGAUGGUCCUGUUGGUGAUAGCUCCCAGAGCUAGACGCUUGUCCACCUGAUGGCUCAGCUUGGCGAUUGCCAAAGAAAUCCGUGAUGCAUCGGGCUCCCGGAGGCGGAGGAUGAAACUGCUGUCUCUUGGCC